AUAUUGGGAUCCAAAAAGACAAAGCUUUGAGCACUUACUAUGAUUUUGUCAAAGACAUCAUAGAAGCCGACAAGAGUUACAAGUUCAAGAAGUUGUGUCCUUCUUUUCUUCUGCCACAUGGUUGUCAUCAGGAGAACAAGAUCAGGAACAUUUCAGUAUUGAGAGAACUGGGCAUUCCUCAGAAGUUGUUGUUCUCACUGCUAACAUCCAAAGUCCUGCUUGUAUGUGGGAAAGACAAGUUUGAAGAGUCACUCAAGAAG